ACAUUUAAACAUAUAAGAUUAUCUUUUAAAUAAGGGCAAUAUUUUUAACAUAUUGUGUGUGGUUAUAUAGAGAAAGAAAAUCAAUAAUGGAGCAUACCAUGAUAAUGUAAGCAUGCUUCCUACUAGAUAAGUCAGAAUAGCUUGCAAAUACUUGUGAGUAACAAUUUUCAGAUUAUCUUUCAUUAAGCAUAGUUUUACAUAGAAUGUGCAUUACAUGUAAAUUGUAUUAUAUUUCAGAAUAAAUUAUUAUUUUCUAAGUACUUGUUCAAAGUACUUGUAUACAAAAGAUGACAGUAUGUAAAUUAAAGGUGGAAUGUGUGCAUUGUUAUUGAAUAUUUAAGUGAUAAGAGAUGAAUUAAGAGAUUUAAUCUUUAGUUUAUAAUACAUUUUUCUUUUGUAAUGGAAGAUAGUGGAAUUGACAGUGAUCCAAAAACCACUAGUCAUACAGAAGAUGAAAGACUUUUCUUGGGAAGUGAUAGCAGUUGUAGCAGCAAUCAGACACAGACAUCACAGCAUAAUUCUACUACUAAACAAUUGCAAAGAAAGCUUGCACGAAUUGAACAAGCUAAACGUAUUCAGCGUAAUUCAGAUUAUGUGAAGUUGCCAAAAUAUGAUAAGGGAUGCGGAAGUAGUAGUAGUGCUGCUGGUCUGAUUUCUAUUCAAAGACUUCCUGUACCAAAUAAGAAUAAAGAACAUCUUCCUCUUGUUGAAUAUUGGCAUAGCGAUAGUGAAAGUGAAGGAGAAAUGACUCUUUUUCCAACAACUAAAUCAAAAGAUUCUUCCAAGCAUAAGCAAGAUCUAACUGAUACAUUUAGCAUUGAAGAAAUGAGUGAAGAAAGUGAAGAUUCUUUAAAUUUAGGACCUGCACAACCAUCUCCGGAGCUCAAAUUUAUGAAAUCUUAUAGAUGUACUGGUGAUUGCUUUCAUUGUCAGUGCCACAUAUUAUAAUUCAUUGUUAUGUACAUAUAUCUUGAAUAUGUUACAGAUUAAUUAUUUUUUAUGCAUUAUUAAAUAUUCAUUUAAUCUCUCAAAGUUUUAUGUAAUUAUGUAAUAUGAAAGAUUUUAUAUAUAUCGAAUGAAAACUAAAUAUAUCAAAUAUUUAUAAGUUAGAUCUAUUAAAAUGUAUAA